ACGGAACGCGAGGCGGCGAAGACCGAGGAGAGCGUCAGGGAGAUAUGUAAAGAUAUCACGCGGUUAGAUCGGGCGAAGAAUCACCUCACGGGAGCGAUCACGACUCUGCGGCGUCUGUCGAUGUUCGUGAGCGGGAUGGAGCAGCUGGAGCUGUUCGCGUUGCGAAGGCAGUACGGGGACGCGGCGAAUCUGUUGCAGGCGGCGGCGCAGCUUUCGACGCAUUUCGAGGCGUACUGCGAGAUUGUGAAGAUAAAAGAACUGCAGGAUAAGUAUCGUGCGGUGAAGCAGCAGCUGCGAGCGGCGGUGUUCGAUGAUUUUCACACGACGUGGGUGCCGCACGUGAUGGAGUCGGACGGUGGGGCGCAAAAGAAAUUGCGCGACGCAUGUCUCGUCGUCGACGCCCUGGAGCCGAGCGUCAGGGAGGAACUCGUUGGGAAUCUGACGAACAGAGAACUCACGAAUUACGCCUCAGUUUUCAGCGCGCACGAGGACGGGGACUUUUUGGGACGCGUCGCGAGACGAUACGACUGGAUCACGCGACAGUUGAACUCAAAAGAGUCCAUGUGGGCGGUGUUCCCGGCGCACUGGCGAGUGCCACAGCUUCUCAGCGUGUCUUUGUGCAAGCUCACGCGCGCGCAGCUCGCCGAGGCGCUCGACGCGCGCGGGCCUCACGAUGUACAAAAGCUGUUGCACGCCAUGCACUUGACCAUCGAGUUUGAGCUUGAGCUUGACGAACGUUUCGGCAACGGAGAUCGCGGAGAAGACGAGGAACUCGAGGGUGACAGCGCUAGUGCGUCGACGGUGCGACAAAAGUACGAGCGAUCGGAGCGCGAGAAGCAGACGGGCGGGAGAAUCCUUCCCAUGGACUCCGCCACCGAGGCGGCGGCGACGUUUUUGUUCAGAGGGAGCGUUUCCUCGUGCUUCGAAGAUCAUCUCACCGAGUACGUGCAGCUCGAGCGGCGACAGAUAUUCGAGCACCUGAACGAAGCCAUUAGGGCCGAGGCGUGGGUGGGUGACGAAACCAAUCCAAACAUUUUGGCGAGUUCAACGAGCGUCUUCUUGAACAUCAAAAAGGUGUUCAAGCGAUGCUCAAACUUGACGCGUGGAAAGACGCUCUUCGCCGUGCACCAGGUCUUCGUGCAAGUUCUCAUCGCAUACGCUAGGGCUCUUAUCGACCGCGCGUCUCUCGCCGCUUCUAUGGUGAUGGAUUCUCGCCGUCCGGAGGAGCAACGCGCCGCGGAGAUCAAGUGCGUGUGUCUCAUCGUGAACACGGCGGAGUAUUGUAACUCCACCGUCGGUCCAUUGGGUGAGUCCAUGUCGAAGGCUUUGGAAGACAACUUUAAGCAAAAAGUGGACGUCGAGGACGUGGAAGACGCGUUCAGCACGGCGCUCGCCGAGGCGCUCAAUAAACUCAUCGCUCUGGUGGAAGGCAAAUCGAACGUCAUUCCUGGAAUGCUUCGCGUGAACUGGGGUACGCUCGACGUCGUCGGUGACCAGAGCGAAUACGUGGAUAUCUUUGAGCGCACGAUCGCUCAGGCGUUACCCAUCCUUCGAUCAUCCGUGAGUGACAUUCACUACACGUUCUUUUGCGAAAAGGUUGCGUCGUCAAUCGCGCCGAAACUGUACAUCGCCAUCUUCAAAUGCAAGCGUUUCUCCGAUACUGGUGCGCAGCAGCUCUUGCUAGACAUGCACGCGGUGAAGACGAUAUUAUUGUCGCUCCCAUCCGAGGGUACGGCGUCGGCGACGACGAGUUACGCGAAGAUGAUCGCGCGAGAGAUGGGCAAAGUCGAGGCGUUGCUCAAGGUAAUCCUCUCCCCGCGAGAGGGUCUCGCCGAAACCUUCAAGGCGCUCCUCCCCUUCAACGCCAACGCCGUGGACUUCAAAGCAAUAUGCGAGCUCAAGGGAUUGAAGAAGAGCGAGAUCGCGGAGCCCCCGUUCGGGCUCUUCGGCGCGAGCGCCGGAGCGCCCGCGAGCGCGAAACCGCUCGAGGACGUCGCCCAAUCCCUCGUCUCGAGCGCCAAGCCCAAGCCCAUGGACAACGUCACCGCGAAAAUGUCCAGCAUGUUCAAGGACUUCAAGCACGCCAACGCGCGUUAG